CACAAACAGCUAUUAUAAUGAAUUUUCAAUUUUGGUGCAUCGUUGUCCCUAAUUUCCCCCUUUUCAUUCCUUCCCUUCCCUUCCCUUCCCUUCAUAGCAACUGCAACGCCACCCACCGUCGCCAUUAUUGAUUAUUGGUGGCUGAACUCAACCAACAACCCUUCCUUCAUUCAUUCAUUCAUUCAUUCCCUUUCUUCUCCGAUCUGCUCCUUUUUCAUCAAUUCCCCUCCAAUUCUGGCUAGGGUUUACGCCUUCUGCUGAUUAGGGAACCUUCCUUCCUUCCUUGCUUCGCCGGAAUGGCGUUACUCGUUCCGGCUUUCUUCUACAUCGUCGCUUUCUUCUGCACCCUCGGAGCUAUCGCUUUGGCGGUUCUUCACAUUUACCGCCACCUCCUCAAUUACACUGAACCAACUUAUCAGCGCUUCAUUGUUCGCAUCGUUUUCAUGGUCCCGGUUUAUGCACUGAUGUCAUUCUUGUCCCUUGUUGUGCCUGCGAGCUCAAUCUAUUUUAACUCUAUUCGAGAAGUCUAUGAAGCUUGGGUCAUUUACAAUUUCCUGUCACUGUGCUUAGCAUGGGUCGGUGGUCCUGGAGCCGUUGUAAUAAGUUUGAGUGGUCGGAUUAUGAAGCCGUCAUGGUGUUUGAUGACUUGUUGCAUUCCUCCCGUACCACUGGAUGGGCGUUUCAUACGUAAAUGCAAGCAAGGGUGUUUGCAGUUUGUGAUUUUGAAGCCCAUUCUAGUUGUUGUUACCCUAAUACUCUAUGCAAAAGGGAAAUAUAAGGAUGGGAAUUUCAGUCCAAAUCAGUCAUACUUGUAUCUUACAAUCAUUUAUACGAUCUCAUAUACAAUGGCUCUAUAUGCUCUUGCUUUGUUUUACGUGGCAUGCAAGGAUCUGCUUCAACCAUUCAAUCCAGUCCCAAAAUUUAUUAUAAUAAAAUCUGUUGUAUUCCUGACUUAUUGGCAGGGGGUGUUAUUCUUCCUUGCUGCAAAGUCGGGAUUCAUUGAGGAUGCUGAUGAAGCUGCUCUACUCCAAAAUUUCAUUAUUUGUGUUGAGAUGCUUAUUGCUGCUGUUGGCCACUUUUAUGCAUUUCCAUACAAAGAAUAUGCUGGUGCUAAUAUAGGUGUAUCCCGUGGUUUGACAGCUAGCCUUGGGCAUGCUUUGAAGUUAAAUGACUUUUAUCAUGAUACGGUCCACCAGUUCGCUCCAACGUAUCAUGAUUAUGUUCUCUAUAACCACAGCGAAGGUGAAGAGGGAACAAGGAAGUACAGAUCACGAACUUUUGUUCCAAUUGGCCCAGAGAUGGAUACUGCAAGAAGAAAUAAGCACGUGUUGGGAAACAAGUUAGAUGACAUACAGCUCUCAAGCUUCUCUUCUUCUGAUAGUAGCGCUCCCUCAAUACCUGAUGCUUCAAAUUCUGAUGCAACGAAAUCUUCCUUGCUUGUGGAUAUGUCUAAUUCUGUAUCCAUACCGAUACCAUAUGAUUUGACGCUUAUUGACUUGGAUGUAACCAGUUACCCUGAAAAAGUUCCAGCAGCUGAUAAAGCUGGUGCCGGGUGACCAACCAUAAGGAACAUUCAGAGCUAGGUUGGUGGGAGAAAUGUUAUUACUACUAGAUAGAGGAAUUGGGCAUGCAACAUUUUUUGAGCUCGGAGACAACUAUGAUCCAAGUGUGGUUUCUUAAAUUCUGGGUUAAGCGGAUCCUGUGCGAACAUACAUUUGUGUUAAUCUACCUUAAAAGUUCAUAGUCAGCCUCACACACUUGCAAAUGCGCAAAGAUAUUGAUCUCGGUCCUCAUACUGUCACUGUCUCCGAUUGUUGUUUCCUGUGUGCACAUUGUAAAUACGGAAUUUGUUGACAUACAUCAGCAAACAUGACUGAUACUCAAGAAAUUCCAUUUAGAAUUUAAUUAAUUGAUUCUUUUCUUCCAUGCAUUAUGAAGGUGGUGAUUCCUUUUGGGUUUAA